AUGAGAACUCAAAUCUCACCGUCACGGGAAGAGCUCAGAGGACUGUGUUUCUUCGGAGACCCAUGCAAUGUUGCAAACUCACUUGCAAUAUGGAGAGCAUGGGAGAGACCAGUCUACAUGGGAGAUAGAGAGCUAGGCAAAGCUCGAGUGGUUGUCUCUAGUGACUACGAGGAAUGGAGGAUAAGUAGAGGGAUGACAGAAAUCAUGGGAGCCCAGAUGAGGGCCCUUGAGGAGAAAGAACAAGAAUCUAUCCUUACCAUUGAUGGUCUGCAAAGGCAAUGCAAGAAGAAGGACCAAGAGAUAGAGCACCUCAAGGACAAAUGUGUUGACUUUAACGAGGAGACGACCAAGAUGAUGCAACAAGAUCUCGCGAGGACUUGGUCUGAAGCGCAUUGGAGGUGGGAGACCACCCAGAGAAUUAACAGAAACCUUGCUGAGCUAUUCUGCAAAGAGAGAGACAGAUUAGCUCACUACAGUCAAGUUCUGCAAGAGAGAGAUCGAGCCAUCGAGAAGCUCGACAACUUACAAACCUUGGUCGUCCAUCAAGAGGCAAAAAUAAAAGAGGCUCAAAAGUACAAUGAAGAUAUGAGCUAG